CACUCUCCGUCCAAACUUUGCUACCAAAACAUGACUCCGAUGGGCAUGGGCGAGCUAUGGACUCAAGUUGGGUCUCUAAUGGCGACCACCAUGUUCAUUUGGGCAAUUGUUAAUCGAUAUUUCCCCCACCAAUUUCAAUCCCAUAUCAAAAGAUAUCUCCACAAACUCAUCGCUUUUCUUUACCCUUACAUAACAAUCACUUUCCCUGAGUUCACCGGCGAGCAUCUCCGCCGUAGUGAAGCUUUCACCGCCAUUCAAAACUACCUCCAAUCCAAGACCUCAAUUCACGCCAAGCGCCUAAAGGCCGAAGUAGUCAAAGAUAGCAAAUCAUUGGUAUUAACAAUGGAUGACAACGAAGAGGUUCUUGAUGAAUAUAAAGGCGUCAAAAUUUGGUGGACUUCCACUAAAAACAUCCCUAAAACUCAAUCAUUUUCGAUUUACCCUAAUUCCGAUGAGCGACGAUUCUAUAAGCUUACAUUCCAUCGCCGACACCGUGAUAUCAUUCUCGAGUCGUUUAUUAACCAUAUCAUGGAAGAAGGGAAGGCGGUCGAGGUUAAAAACCGACAACGGAAGCUUUACAUGAAUAACUCCGAGACGAAUUGGUGGCAUAGAAGCAAUUGGAGACAUGUUCCAUUGGAACACCCUUCAAGUUUUAGAACUUUGGCUAUGGAUCCCAAGAUGAAGCAAGAGAUUGUUAAUGAAUUAAUCAAGUUCAAGAAUGGUAAAGAGUAUUAUGAGAAGGUGGGGAAGGCUUGGAAACGUGGGUUUCUUCUCUAUGGUCCUCCCGGAACCGGUAAGUCCUCGAUGAUCGCUGCCAUGGCGAACUUCAUGGAAUAUGAUGUCUAUGAUCUUGAAUUGACAUGUGUUAAGGACAAUUCCGAGCUGAAAAAGUUGUUGAUUGAUAUCUCAAGCAAGUCAAUUAUAGUGAUUGAAGAUAUUGAUUGCUCUCUUGAUCUUACGAGGCAAAGGGAAAAGGAGGAGAAGAAGGAAAAAGAGGCAAGUAAGAAGGGUGAUGAAGAAGAGAAGAAAGGGAGUAAGGUGACACUUUCAGGGUUGUUGAAUUUCAUUGAUGGGAUUUGGUCAUCUUGUGGAGGAGAGAGGUUGAUUAUCUUCACCACAAAUCAUAAGGAAAAGCUUGAUGAAGCUUUGAUUAGGAGAGGAAGAAUGGAUAAACAUAUUGAGAUGUCAUAUUGUGGAUUUGAAGGAUUCAAAGUUCUUGCUAUGAAUUAUUUGGACGUUGAAUGGCAUGAUUGUUAUGAGAAAAUUGAGCAAUUGUUGGAGGAGAUUGAGGUGACGCCGGCGGAUGUGGCGGAGAAUUUGACGCCUAAGUUUGAAGGUGAAGAAGUAAAUGAUUGUUUCAAGAGAUUGAUUGAUGUUCUUGAGAAGAAGAAACAAGAAUCAUGUGAAAAUGACAUGAAAAACAAUGGAAUUAAGAGCAAUGGAGUUGUAGCUGAAGAUGGAAAAGAGAAUGGUGACAUGUAAAUUGAAGAAGUGGGUGUACAAACUUGUGUGUAUUUGUAAAAAUUUGAAGAUAUGAUCACUUUGUAUAGGCUAAAUGCUUGUUUGUGUUUUAGUUGAAAUGUAAGAUAAUUUGUGUAUUAGUUGAAUGUAAGAUAAUUUGUGUAUAUUAGUUCAUCAUACUCUCAACCAUUGAUGAUAUGGUAUUGGGAAGAAUAAAGUGUUUAAAUUUGGGUA